AUGAGAGCCCAGUUGCUCGCGGCAGCGGCGGACGAGUUUCGCGCUGAGAGUGUCGAGACGCUCGACCUUGUCGUGAAGGAUGCGGCGAAGUCGAUCAGCGCAGCAGCGGAGAUGGAAGAUGACACCAACACGGCAGUUAGCGUUUUGUCCAACUACAUGCUAGCGCAUAUGGUCCAGGUGGCCAUGACAUUGAUCCAGCUGUACGCCCAGCAGCUCAACGUGGUCGACCGGAAGGAUGCACUGGCCAUCGCAGCAGAGGUUGGACGGAGGAGUGUUCCAACAGUACAACUGUGGGAGCGGGAUUUCAUCGCGCGCGGACGCAUCAAGCCACCUGACACAGGUCGCUUCAAGCGCCGAUUUUUGCUGGAACUCGACGAAGGCGUCUCGAGGCUCGCGAAAGGCUGGGCGCUCGAGAAUCGCGGGAUACUCAGCGGGCAAGCCAACAAGACGGCGGAGGAUUUCCGCAAGUGGGUGAACAGCACCAUCAUGCUGAUGCUGGAGGCGCAACAAACGGAGGACUUCGACCCUUUUCAUGGAUUGAGAAUAAACCUGGUGGAAGGGAAGGAGAACGAGCCGCCAAGGCACCAAAUCUCCCUUUCCACGGCAACAGAGUGGCUGAAGAAGAUGGGAUGCGAAUACCACGACGGCAAAAAGGGUCUAUACUUCGAUGGCCACGACGACGAGAGGACCCUAGCGUACCGGCACGACAAGUUCCUGCCGGCGCGCUUGGAGGAGUCUGAGCGCUUGCCGGAUUGUGGUGUCUGGGUUGGUGUCGAUGAUCUCGAGGCAGCGCUAGCAGACUUGCCCGCAGACCUGACGAAAACAUAUUUCGAGAGCAAGAAAACCUACCCCGACGGGAGGCGGGCCAUGCUUCUCUACCAGGACGAAAACAUAUUUCGAGCCAACUACGACCAGAGGUACGUGUGGUAUCGGGACGGCCAGCACGUGCCCGUCAAGAAGUCGCAAGGCCAGGGGAUCAUGGUGUCGGGGACGAUCAUCCACAACCUCGGCUUCUUCUCGGCAUCGCGGGAACAGAUCAAGGAGGCGGAGCGCAACCGCAGGAAACGAUGCGCUGCCUCAGUUGCCGCGAAGCGGCGGGGGGAAAACGUGAAAGUCGAGAAGUUCCGCCCUAUCGACAUGCUGCACAAAGACGAGCACGGACGGUACUGGUCCUACCACCUCUUCGAGUACGGCAAGAACAAGGAGGGAUACUUGACCGGGCUCAAGAUGCUAGAUCACAUGGCAGACGUGCUCGACGUGUUCACAGUUCUCUACCCUGAGCACAAGCCUGUAGGCCUGUUCGACUGGUCGUCCUGUCAUGAUUGUAUGGAGGCCGGCGCACCGUCGGUGAAGAGAAUGGACUUGGGUGUCGGUGGUGUGAGGAACGGAGAAGAUCUUGCCCCGAUGGACCCCGUGAUCAUCCUCGAAGACACCCCAAACCUCCCAGCGGGCACGAUACAGCACUUGACGUUCCGGAGGGGAGACGCCCCCCCUUCGACUCCUCGCAUCUCCGGCCGGCUGAUUAUGUCGGAAAGCUGA